AUGGGCAAGGCAAAGAAAAAAGGUGGCGGCAAAAAGCCCCAGCAAAAGCAAGAGGACGAUUUUGACGAUGAUUUGGCCUUUCUAGAAGCGGCUGCCGCAGCCAAUGAGACACCCAAGAAGGAAGAACCCCCCAAGGAAGAGCCGAAGGCAGCAGAAGAAAAAGCCGACGGUGCUGCUGCUGCUGCUGCUGCUGCUGAAGAUGCUGCUGCUGCCUUUUUGGCGGCCCAAGGGAUUGCCGGCGAGGAAGGCGAAGGCGGUGGAAAGAAGGACAACAAGAAAAAGAAGAAAAAGAAAAAAGGCGGCGGAGGCGGAGGCGGUGAAGAACAGAAAGCACCGCAAUCCAAGCAAGGGAAAUUGUUGGCAGAGCGCAUUCGAAAGCAACAGGAAGAGGAGGAACAACGACGAAAGGAAGAUGAAGAAGAAGCGCGUCGUAUCGCAGAAGAAGAGGCCAAAGAAGCAGAAGAAUUGCGCAAAAAGGAGGAAGAAAAGGAGCGAAAGAAACAGAAACAAAAGGAAAAGGUCGCCCGACAAAAGGCAGAGGGAAAAUACAUGACAAAAGCCCAAAGGCAAAAAGCAAAGCUGGCAGAACAACGAUUGGAAGCCAUGCGAGCGGCGGGAAUGUUGCCCGUCGAGGGGGAGGGAGAUGCUCCCAAAAAGAAAAAGGUUGUCUACGUCAACAAGAAAAAGGCAAAAGGCAAGGACAACAACAAUGACGAUGUGGAGGAAUCCGAGUCCAAAGACACCGAACAUGCCGAGGAGGACAAGAAAGAAGAGGAAGAACAGACAGCAAAGAAAGAGGAACCUGAAAAGCCGGCGGAAGACGGUGACGAUGGGGACAAGGAGGAUUCCUCGGGCGACGAGUGGGAUGCCGAUAGCGACGAUGACGCCAAGUUCGACGACCUGGAUGCAAAGUUGCAAAAGGUCGCCACGGACGAUGUGGAAGACUUGAUCGAGCUCGAGAAGAAAAAGGAGCUGGAACGCUUGCGAGAGAUUGGUUUGAAGCGCGCCGAGCAAGACCGAAUAGAGCAGGAAAAACUGGCCAAGAUCCAAGCGGAACAAGAGGAAGCCAACCUCAAGGAGCAACUGGCGAUGCAGAAGCGAGAAGAAGGAAAAAAGAAGCGCGAGGCACAAGAAAAAGCAAAUCUGGAUGCACGAAGCCGCGACGAUCUACGCUGCCCCAUUGUUGUGAUUAUGGGUCAUGUCGAUACAGGAAAAACAAAGCUACUCGACAAGAUCCGAAAAACCAACGUGCAAGAUAAUGAGGCCGGCGGAAUCACGCAACAAAUUGGUGCCACGUAUUUCGAAAAGAAGACUCUGGAAACUCAGACUGCAAGGCUGAACGAAACCGAAAAGGUCGAACUAACCGUGCCUGGUAUGCUGGUUAUUGACACACCUGGGCACGAAUCCUUCACCAAUCUUAGAUCUCGUGGUUCAUCGCUGUGCGAUGUCGCAAUUCUGGUGGUCGAUCUUAUGCACGGCCUGGAGCAACAGACCAUUGAGAGUUUGACAAUGCUGCGAAAGAGGGGCGUCCCGUUUGUUGUUGCCCUGAACAAAGUCGAUAGGUGCUACGCGUGGAAGACCUGUAAGGACUCCCCAAUCCGCGAUGCUCUCAAGGAGCAGGAAGAGGGCACCAUUUCCGAGUUCCGAAGCCGAUCCACCAACGCAAAGGUUCAGCUGCAGGAACAAGGUGUAAACUCCAACCUUUACUGGGAGAUGGGCGACGAAGAUUGGACUAAUUCAGAUUUCAUUCCGUUGGUACCCACUUCAGCAAUUACCGGGGAAGGCGUGCAAGAUAUCCUACUACUCCUCUGCCAAAUCGCCCAACGAAAAAUAUGGAAACAGCUCAUGUGGUGUGCCAAUCUGCAGUGUACUGUUCUGGAGGUGAAAGCCAUCGAUGGCCUGGGAAUGACAGUGGAUAUUUUGGUCGUGAAUGGAUACCUUCGAGAAGGAGAUAAGGCUGUCUUUUGUACUCUGGAUGGGCCCGUUGUGACAGAAAUUCGAGGUUUGCUGACUCCUCCGCCCAGCCGGGAAAUGCGUGUCAAAGCCGAUUACAUUCAUCACAAGGAGGUCAAGGGCGCUCUUGGAGUCAAAGUCAUUGGAAACAACCUGGAGAAAGUCAUGGCCGGGACUUCUGUGUUGGUUGUGGGUCCUAACGACGAAGAAGAAGAUAUCAAGGCAGAGGUCAUGUCUGAUUUGACCAAUCUAGAGGACAAAUUGAGCACGGACAAGCAAGGAGUUCUUGUCCAGGCGUCUACCCUUGGGGCAUUGGAAGCACUUUUGCAGUUCUUGCGAGUGGAGACAAAACCACCAAUUCCGGUCAGUGCCAUCGGAAUUGGAACUAUCCAUAAGCGAGACGUCACAAAGAUAUCCAUCAUGAACGAAAAGGGUCACCCGGAAUAUGCAACUAUUCUUGCAUUCGAUGUGGGCGUUGAACGUGAAGCUCGGGAGCACGCUCAGGAAAUGAAUGUGCGAAUCAUGACGGCAGACAUCAUCUACCAUCUCUUUGACCAGUUCACACGGUUCAUGGGAGAGUUGACAGAGCGACGAAGACAAGACGCUCAAUCUGUGGCUGUCUUCCCAAGCAUCAUCAAGAUCCUUCCUCAACACGUCUUCAAUCAAAAGGAUCCCAUCAUUGUGGGAGUGGAAGUCGUGGAGGGCAUUUUGAAGAUCGGCACACCUCUUUGCGUCCCCGCGCUGGGAGGAUUGCAUGUUGGAAAAGUGACUUCCAUCGAAAGCAAUGGCCGGGAGCAGGAAACGGCACGGAAGGGCGCUUCUGUUGCUAUCAAGAUUGUGAACGAGUCAAAUCCAACUCUCACGUACGGGCGACAAUUCGAUGCCACCAAUAUGCUUUACUCAACAAUCACUCGGGCUUCUAUUGAUGCUUUGAAAGAACACUUCCGGGAUGCGCUGGAAAACGAGGAUUGGCGACUCGUUGUGAAACUUAAGAAGGUCUACAACAUCAUCUAA